AUGCAUCAUCCCUCAUCGGAUUUUUACUCUGUCUCUGUAAACAUAUUUAGAGCUUGGGUAAAAAAAGUAAAAGAUAAAAGGUUGAAGAAACCGAAGCUAAAUUCCGUAAAAGACGACGAUGGCUAUCACGCGGAUAAAAGUGAAUCUGAGGAAGCAGAACAAUCAUCCAGUGAUUACUGCCCAUCGGAGGACAGUUUUGUAAGCACUGGAUUGACUGGUCUGCUGGUGCUUCGUGAUCAACCACAGAGGAAGAGACUCGUCAGCCAAGAUGAUUUGCACUCUGAACGAUGCAUUGAACCAGCCUUGCGUCUAUCGACUGGCCAAUCAUCGCAGACAGGUUCGCUUGAUCUGCUGGCGAACGCCGAUAUAGUUUAUAGUCAGUCGCAGCCCGAAGAUCGUGUGAAUGAAGAUGACAAUUCCGAACAAAACGGUGAAACAGCCAGUCGCGCUGAUGAUGAUCAAAAUUCAGUCGAAAGUAAUGAUGAAGAAAAUUUCACUGAAAGUGAUCAAAGUAAGACGUCGAUAAAAAGUAAUGAUGAGGAGAAUUUCACUGCACGUUAUCGAAGUAAGACUUGGAUGAAAAGUGAUGAUGAGGAGAAUUUCACUGCACGUGAUCAAAGUAAGACCUGGAUGAAAAGUGAUGAUGAGGAGAAUUUCACUGUACGUGAUCAAAGUAAGACCUGGAUGAAAAGUGAUGAUGUGGAGAAUUUCACCGAAAGCGAUCAAAGUAAGACGUCGAUGAAAAGUGAUGAUGAGGGGAAUUUCACCGAAAGCAAUCAAAGAAAGACGUCGAUGGAAAGUGAUGAUGAGGAAAAUUUCACUGAAAAUGAUCAAAACGUCGAUGGAAAGUGA